AUGGGUGAAUACGACCAAUUUCAUACCAACGAGGUGCCCUUUUCUCAAAGACCCAUUAUAAUCCUCGGUGCAGGGAUCAUUGGUUGUGCAACUGCUCGGCAAUUGCUGCUGAAUGGUUUCCCCGUGGUAUUGGUGGCCGAAUAUCUACCGGGAGACCAGAAUAUCUACUAUGCUUCGGCUUGGGCAGGAGCAGCGUGGCAUGCCGCUGGGGGUAUUACUCCGGAUCAACGGUAUCUUCAAGCUGUCACACAUCGCGUACUACUCAAGAUGGCACAAGAUGGCCCCGAGGCAGGGGUGAGCAUUGUCAACGCACGAGAAUACCUCGAAGAAAAACCUUCUCCUGACUCGGCAAUAUGGGGUAAGACAGUAGUAUCCAAGUUCCGCGAGAUGAGUCCUGGUGAAUACCCGCCCAAUUUCAACUGUGCCUGGGCCUAUGAGACGCUUGUUACAGAUCCUACGAGACAUAUGCCUUAUCUCAGAGAACAGGUUGAGUCUCUUGGGGGUCGCUUUAUCCGCCAACGUGUCGAGUCUCUUCAGGAACUGUAUGACAUGUUCCCCGAAUCAGGGAUAUUCAUCAAUGCAAGCGGCUGGGGCAGUAAAACCUUGACGGAUGUGCAAGAUGAUAACUGUUUUCCGGAGCGAGGGCAGAAUGUGUUUCUGACCACUGAUCAAUGCAACACACUUCACUUCCGAAAUGGCAAGGAAUAUACCUAUGUGAUUCCUCGGCCUCUAUCCAAGGGGGUGGUCCUGGGUGGGGUGAAGCAACAGGACAAUCUGUCACCUGAAGUCGAUAUGGAUAUCGCGAGGGAUGAGAUUGCACGCGCGCAUCGGUUAGCGCCUGAAAUUGUCCCCGAACACCCAGCUGCAGAUACGGUGAGCUACAUUAUUGGGAUCCGACCAUCCCGAAAAGGAGGGUUCCGUUUGGAUUCGGAGCGAAAGGGUAGUCGGGUGGUGCUCUCCGCGUAUGGGUUUGGAGGAGGUGGGUAUGCGUUUUCAUAUGGGAUUGCCGAUGCGUUGGUGAAGAUGGUAGAGCGGACGGAGCAUGAGACUGUGAUCUUGUAG